AUGGACCGGUCGACGCGGCGGCCCUGCCGUCAUGGCGCUGCUGUGCUCGGCGCGCUGGCGGCGGCCUGGUGGGCCCUUGCGCCGGCGGCGGUGGUGACCCGCGACCCACGCGCCGAAGAGUCCGCAAGCCAAAAGGUCGCCAGCGGCGGCAGCGACGCCUGCGGCCAGGCCCUGGCGGCCGGACAACAACGCUUCGAAGAGGCACGACAACAUUGGCUUUCCGAAAGCACCUCGCAGCGGCCCAUCGUCCUGGGCAACGCAGCGAUGCAGGCGGAGGAGAAGGCGCUGGCGGCCUUCGACGACGCCGCAGGUGGAAGCUGCGACGCGCAGCGGAAGGCGCUGCAGGAGGCCAUCCGGAAGGACGUGCUCAACAUCUUUCAGUUGCAGAGGGUCAUUGCAGAGCGCCAAGCCUUAGACAAUCUGAAUCGAAAGCUGGUGAAGAAGAUGACGCAGCGAGGUGGGCCGCUCCGAAUCCAGGAGAAGCUCGAUUUGCUGCGCUUAGAGGUGGAGGCCUACAAGACGUCGGUGCAGAAGCUUUUGCCCAGCUGGGCCGAGGGCAUCGACGUGAAGACCUCCGAGACGGAGCGGCGCCUCGGGGAGCUGCAGUUCACCAUCGAGGAUGGUACAGAAGGCCAAGCUCUGCAGAAGCAAUGGCAAGAUCGACGGCUGCAGGAUUUGAUGAGCAGACGCGCCUAUGGCAUGUCCGUGUCUUUGGACCCAGCGCUUCGGGUGCUCAUCCGGCCGGAAGGCAUCGGAAAUCUGCAGGUCUUCUCGCAAGGACCCCUGGGUCCUCCGAGCCACCCUGCGGACAUGAACUUGGGUAUCAUGAACGAUGGCUCCAUUGCGGAUGUCUACCGAGAGCAUCCGGUGCCACAGCGGGCUUUGGGUGUGAAGUUCAAAUUUGCCGCUUUGGGCCGUAAGAAGGGGAUUUGCCCAGCGAACGGCGAUGUCAAUCGGGUCCAAAGGGUUCUGGAAGUGGAACAGGAGUACAGCUUGGAGGCGGAUGAGGCCCUGCUGCGCUUCGUCUACGCCCGCUGCGGCGCCGACCGCGUGACGGUGCCGCGUGGUGCUGCGUUGGCGGCGCGGUGUUUGCGGAGCUCGGAGGAGGAAGCCUUGUGCCAGGCGGUGCAGGACAGCUGGCCUGCCGUGAUCAGUCCAGAUGACACAGGGGCGCUGCCGGCACAUUUGCUGAAAGCGCUGCCGACGUUGGCAGAGCUCAAAGAGCUUUGCGGACACCACCAGGUGCCUGUGCGCCUGCCGAAGGCACGCUUCUCCUUUCUGGGUCUGCGCCUGGCACCGACGGAUCCCCGGGAGCAGCGCACCUUCGGCGACGUGCGGCGCCCGAUGCCCUACGAGGAGACGGAGCAACGGGCCUUGAGAGACGUCAUGGACGAAUUGGCCACAGAGUCCGCUCCGAAGCACUACGCUGCCAGCGUGCCCUUGGAGAGGGAUUUGCCCGAGUUCGCCGAGCGGCUCCGGCCUUUGCGUGAGGCUUUAGAGGAGACGUUGCACCUGGCCAUGGGGCCACCGGUGCCCAAUGCUCCGGUGAUGUACUUGGGCGCAGGUGAGCAGCGCACCCCGCUCCACUGCGACCCAACGGAGAACAUCACACUUGUCCUGGAGGGCCGCAAGCUGAUUCGGCUCUUCCCGCCCAGCAGCUCCGGCUUCUUGAAGCCCUUGGGCGGUUGGUAUGCCGCAGCAUCCUGCUGGAUGAGCGGUGUUGUUCCGGCAGUCUAUUCGCCUGUGGACGCGUUCAACCUUCCUUCGGGGACGCCAGAUCCGCUGGACAUACACCUCUCCGGAGGCGAAGCCUUGUACCUGCCGGCGGGUUGGUGGCACGCCGUGGUCGGCUCGCAGGAGCCCAACAUGGCCAUCGUCUUCGGCUAUGCUCCCAGCGAAUUGAAGGGCGCCCGCUAUUUCGGGCAGCAGCCCCAGCGCCCAGCCGACGAUACGUAG